GCGCAAUACAACCUUUGCCGGCGGAGGUUCGAUCAAUUAAGAUUCAAACAGUAGUGGCAAGACUAUCUCGCGCAGCGGUCGGCUCGCGCAGGCGCGACGCGUUCCACUCUCAAGUCCAACAUGAAUGCAAGAACUAUUUUAAUAUUGUUAUUUUAUAUUUGUAAACAUACUGAUGCCCAGAAACCGGCUAUCCCGGUGCCGGCGCCGGUGGAAUGCCCAUCGCUGGAAAACGGCGACAGUUACACACAGUCAGAGUUCCUGUCGCGGCUAGCACACGAGUGCCGGUACGACCGCCUGCUGCUGCCCACAUACCAGACCCCUACCGACGUGGUGUACGUGCACGCCAGCGCCUACGUGUACUUCAUCCAGCCCGCGGAAGCGCAUGAUUUGAAUUUCAAAUUGCAUUUCCUCCUGCAACUAAGAUGGACCGAUGCUCGGCUUGCCUACGCUCUUUACUCUCCUGAGCGCACUAAAAUCAUCGGCGAAAACGAUUUACGGCAGCGGAUAUGGGUCCCCCACCUGUACAUGUCCAAUGAGCAGUCGUCCAGCCUCAUGGGGACGGACAGCAAGGAUGUGCUGAUCUCCAUAGCACCUGAUGGGGAGGUGCUGUUCAGCCGACGCAUGCAAGCAGUGCUCUAUUGCUGGAUGAACCUGCAGAAGUUCCCGUUUGACGACCAAACUUGUUCGAUGAAUCUCGAAAGCUGGAAAUACAAUGCAUCAAGUUUGCGCAUCAUGUGGGAAAGAGACAACCCCGUGCACCUCUCGUCUGAACUGCAUCUCACGGAGUACUCGCUCAUUGACUACUGGACCAAUGAAUCAGUCGUUCGAGGCGAUAUUGUAAACAUGCGGCUGGGGGGAGGUAGAUCCGGAAACUACAGUGCCCUGAAGUUCACGUUUAAACUGGGUCGAGAGGUGGGCUAUUACCUUAUGGACUAUUUCAUUCCCUCCAUGAUGAUCGUCGCCAUGUCUUGGGUCACCUUCUGGUUGCAGGCUGACGCAUCGGCUCCUAGGAUAACAUUAGGCACCAGCACGAUGCUGUCGUUCAUUACGUUAGCCUCGUCCCAGGCCAAAACGCUGCCAAAAGUGUCCUACAUCAAGGCCAGUGAAAUAUGGUUCCUCGGCUGCAUCGGUUUCAUCUUCUCGGCUCUAGUAGAGUUUGCAUUUGUUAACACUAUUUGGCGAAGAAAGAAAGUAGUUAACCUGAAGAAAGUGAAUAGUAAAUACAUUCUGAAGAGCACGCUAACACCCCGGCUGGCUCGGAAGGAGCUCCAGAAAGAGCUGCAGGAGUCCUCGCCGCAGCUCACCAAGUCCCGCUCCUGCUCGUCGCUGCAGCGGGAGACCAGCGCCGACCCGGCGGGCCCUGGGUUCAACAACUACCUCACUGUACAUAGUUUCCCCUCCGCCCUGAACUUGCCGACGAUCACGACGCAGAGCUACGACGAGCUGACGGGCGGCGCGCCACGCAGCGACGGCUCCGACGAGCCCAAGCACGCCUGGACCACCAUGACCCCGCAGGAGAUCGCCACGUGGAUCGACAAGCGAUCUCGUGUCCUCUUCCCCUUACUCUUCUUGGUUUUCAAUAUUCUUUAUUGGACGUUCGUGUAUUGCCUUUGAAUUCGUCGAUUAGGACAUUUUGGAGCUGGAGGUUGUAAGGUAAACUGCCCUGUUAUUGACACAACCGAUUUUCGCCUUUACAGAUUUAAUAUUGGCUUAUUAGUGUCACAUGAUGGUGACAAACUUAUUUUAAUAGACAUGAAACGGGUUACAACUCGAAUAUAGACACGACAAAUAUCAACCGAGGGGUCGUAUUUCGCUAUAGUUCUAUCUAGUCUUGACACACGGCAGAAAAUGCGAAAUACUUACCCCUAAAAGAGCUACUAAUUAAUGCAAGAAUAGCACGAUACCGUUUAAUAGGUUAUUAACGCGUGUAAUACGUAAUCAGUAUUUUCGGGAAGAAUAUUUUGUGUUAAGGGUCCCCGGCAAGCUCGGUUCUCCAUACAUAGUUCCGCUCUCAUUUUAAAACGAGUAGCUAGUUUGCUCUGAAACUUUGUACUUACAAUAGGAUAAGGUAUAUCUAUGUCUGUAAUUAGUUUAUGUAGCUUCAGAUACCAUAGUUAUUGAAGUUGUUCAUACAAAACUUGUUUUUGUUUGUUUUAUAAACUGGAGAUAUAUUAACUAAUUACAGACCUAGAUACACCUCAUGUCAUUGUAUGUGCAGAUAACGAAACUCCGUUUCUAUGAGAAGGUGAAAUUCGGCCGAGCUUGAUACGAAUAAGCAUCAUUUAAAUGUAAUCAAGGCGUCAUUAAGCAAUUAAGCAUAAAUCCAAUAAGCCUAAAAUGUAGACAAGAACAUUUUAACCAAUAAGCAGUUUUACAUAUUUAUUUACGAUACGACUCUGUUAUUAGUUACAACUUUGUAUUUUGUGCUAUUAUGAGGUUGUUUAUUAUAAAAUAUAAGAUACAAGAAAAAAAGUACCGAAGGACUUAAAUGAUAAUGUUAUGGCCAUAUAAUUUAUACCCAAAGAUUUGUUGUUCCUUAUGUUUCACAAAUUUAGAACCCUUGCCCAGUAGAUUAGGUAAAUUAAUUUAAUUAUAUUUAGUAACAUACGUAACAGGUACUUGUGGUUGUAUUAUAUUGCGGAGACGGUAACAUUUUAAACGUUCUCACAUUAACCUACAGAUGUAGUGCAUAAUUGUUUGCCAUCGUAUUUUCUCGGAAACGUUCGUAUUUGUCAUGCUACUUCUGUCAACCUUAGUACUUAUUGUACUGAGGCGUC